AUGGAGGAUAAUUACGACGAGGAGGAGGAGGAGGGUGAAGAUGUCCCCAUCACCACCACCAACAACAACAACAAGGACGCUGCGAACACAGUUGCGAACAAGCAACCUACUGUUCCUACGGUCGAAAUGAAAAAAGUUGUGCAACCGACGACGGCGAUCGGGGGAACCGCUUCCGAUAAAGUGGGAGAUGUUUUCGUCCAUCAUCAUCCGUCGAUGAAACCGGGAAGGAUUCUGCGAUUUACCGAACUGAUGCACCCUCAGAAAUCUUUGGAGGAGGAGAGAGAAGUCGCGAGAGAGAGAAGAAGACAGAGGAAGAAAGAACGAGAAGAGGAGGAAGGCGAAGAGGGAGAAGCAACGAGAAGGCUGGAAGGAGAAAACGACGACGCCAGGGAAGAAACGGACGACUCAGAAGAGGAAGAGGAAGAGGGAGAUAACAGUAUGGAGGGUGAUUCCGACAACGAGGAUUUACAUGGAUUUCAUUACAGAGGCGAGAAGCUUCUACCAAAAGUCAAUCAAGUGAUGCUCGAUCAGGACUUGAACGACGAUAUCGAUCGAAAGUGGAGACCGGGCGGGAGAGUGGAUCGAGACGACGUGUCGUUAGCAGCGAGAGUAGCUGAGAUGUACGCCAGCGAGAAGGAGGCGAUGCGAGAGGCGAUGGCGGAUGCGUUAGAUAUUGAUGAGAUCAAGAAGAUAAAGGUCACGGAGUUGGAAAAGGAGAAGUUUCUGGUCGGCGUGGAACAGAAAGAUUGGGAAGACGACAUCAUGUGGGACGACGAAGGAGGAGCGGCAGAUGAGGAGCAGAGAAGAAGAACUGCGGGUAGUGCAACUUUUCAGGCGAGUGCAGCGGAACGAGAACAAAAGGAAGGAAUAGCGGUAGUAGGAAUAGCAGAAAAAGAAAAAGACUCCAACAAUGAGGAGGACGUGGAGGAUGCGGAAAACGACAGUAAAAAUCGCAAGUCGGUCGUUUCUGUGCCCAAGUUAGAUAGCGCGACAAUACAUGCAUUGAAAAGCUCUCACGUUAAGAACUGGGGUGAGUAUACGGAACAACCCGAUGACGAAGAUUCAAAAUCGACGGCGUCUCUGGAAUACUUCGAAGCGCCUGAUGCGAAUUCGUUUCAAACCUUACGUCUGUGGACAGAGAUCGACGGGAAUAACAACAACACGAAGAACAUGAAAGAAGAAUCGCACAAAUUUUCAAAUCCAAACGCGGCAAUGCAAGAUCCGAAUUCACUCGCGUCUGGAGGUUCAAAGGAAGAUAUCAAAGUUCUCGGGCAAGCCGAAGCGCGUGCGCAAAGCGGCGGCUCGCAUCGAUUAGCCGGUUUAGAUAAACUCGUCGUUCGCAUAGUCGGUCAGAGCGAUUUACCGCCAGAGGCCGCAAUGUUCACGGCGGAAGAAUAUGAAAAAGCAGACGCUGCUGCUAGGAAGCACGAACAAACCUAUCAAGAGCGCGUUUCGAGAGAGCUUCAAGAAUGCGGCGCGCUCGAAAUGUUGAAACGGAAGAACCAGGAGUUGCUUUCUGGCGAUUGGGUGGACGAAGUUUCAUGGGACGGAAAUCCAGUGCAUGUGGACGAUAUCGGCGAUCCUUCGAAGAUGUUUAGCGAGCUACGAAUAAAUCCAAACGAUCCCGAUCUCGACUUGUACGCGGAUGGCGAGCUCGACGGUUCUGAGUUUGCGAGAGCGACUGCGAAAGUUUGGAAAUCGCGUGAUUUACCGCCGGUAGCUGACUUUGAGAAAGCUCUGAAUAUUAGUAUAGACGAAGCGUACGCACCAGAAGUUCCCGAGGAAGGCGACGCGCGCGAGCGUACUCGACCAGGGCGUUUGGAAGGAAUCAUACACUCCGAUUUUGUGUACCAAAAUCCUCCGACUUUGAACAGAGAUCCAAUGGAUUACCCGCGACCUCCCCCAGUUUUAGAAGUGCAGCCGCCACAAGCGACGAAGAAAAAAAUUGGUUUUAUGGGUAUUCGCAUAGCUGGGCCUUCGGCAGACGAAACAUUCAAGAUUAACGUGAAAUCGUUGACGCUCGAUAGCGCCGUCGCGACGUUGAAAGUAAAGUCCUCCGAAACUGUGGGAUCUAUCAUUCAACGCGUUCGAAAACGUUGGCCAGAACUCGAAGGUGAUUUGUCCUUGUACUUUCCUAAAGCGGGAGUGGAGAAACAAGAACCGCUGGAUGAAUCCACGAGCUUGAAAGACUGUGGCGUCAAACCUCAAGUUGGUGCUCCGAUAUUAUGCAUCGAGUCGACUAAAGUACAUGUGGUUUCGGAAGAAAUCGCGACGAUGCGCCCGAUAGACGAUCGCGCCUUGGCACCUCCUGGAGCGUUUAAGAAACCCUCCGAUCUUUCCAUUGAAGAUGGUCACAUUAUGCUCGUCAACUAUGCCGAGGCAGAUCCCCCGCUCAUCGCUAAACCGGGCAUGGCGGCGAAGAAAGUGACGUAUUACUUGAGAAAAUCCGCGGGUGAUCAAGGCGCCAGACCUUUGAUGGGAAAAAGCGGGCAAGUGUUUGAUUUAAAACCAAACGCGCCGUCACCCUUUCUAUCUGGUUUACCUCCUGGUAUACCUGUAAAUGUCUUAGAAACGUCCAUGUACCGCUCUCCACUGUUUGAUAGGACGCCAGAUAUGGACGACGACUCUCAACCUGGAAUGUUUCUGCUUGCCAGAGGACCUACGGGCAAAUGGAGCAUGCGGCAAGUGCCUCAUUUCUUCGUCGCUGGCCAAAUGGAACCACACGUUGAAGUCCCAAUGCCAGGAUCGUUAGAGUGUAUUGAUAUUGAAGAACGCAUGGUCAACGCGACAGUUUUGAAACAUUUCUUAGAGCUUCAAAAGCGAACUACUCCGGAAGAUGCGCAUCUUCCGAAACUCGUCAAAGUGUCGGACAUAGCAGCCACUUUGAAUAAUGUCUUGACUGAAGAUCAAAUUCGAUCCAAGUUACGCCUCAGAAUUUGUGCACCAGUCAGAUCGAGAGAAGGGAUUAGUAAAGAAGAUUAUGCGUUAAACCCAGAGUACCGAUUCGAGCACGAAAAAGAAAUUCAAAAAAUGUGCACGCCUGAAGAUAUUUGCGCGUACGAAUCUAUGCGUCACGCUAUCACCGAACUCAUGCAAGAUCGAACGCCCGAACAAGUGAAAAGAAUGAAAAAACUUUUGGCAGUUGAUUUUCAGUCCUUAACGAACGCCGUGACGAUUUUAGUGCGACACGCGAAAGGAAAACGUGCGAGGGAUUUAGAAAGAAUCGAACUUUUGCUUCAGAUGCAACCGUGGUCGGUCACUCGAGAGUUUCUCGCAUACGCGGCUGGGAAAGGUGUUUUGCACAUCGACAACUCAAAAAAGAUUCGGAAAGAAACUGGGAAGUUCUGGCAUUACGUCCGAAGACUCACGAAACCACCGCCGCCGGAAGAACUUCGUCCAAAAGUACAACCAGGAACAGUGACUGGUACCGCGGCAGAUUUAAGAAAACUUACCAUGCCGCAAGCAGCGCGCAUCUUGAGAAACUUUGGUAUAGAAGAUGAAGUCAUUUUAAAACUCGAACGAUGGAAGCGCAUCGGUUUGAUUCGGGAAUUGUCAGGCGCCGCCACUGCGGAUGGGAACGCGACGCAUCAGAACAUGUCCAGGUUUGCGAGAAGUAUCAAACUUUCCGAAGUGCAACAAGUCGAGGAACUCAAGGAAACGUCCAAUUUUCUUUUCAAACGGCAAUGGAGAAAACUCGCCAGGAGAGAUCGAAAGAAGAGAGCGGACGGAGACGACGACGAUUCAUCAUCUGGGGGUGAUACGGACGAUGGUUUAAACGCUUUGUGCUCCGAUACGGAAGAUAGCGACGACGAGAGCGAUGAAAACCGAUCGGAUUCAGACUCGGACUCUUUGGCGGCAGAAUUAGAGGCGGAGUUGGCGAUGAAAGCGAGAGGACCAACUGAAGAGGAAGAUGCUGCUGAAUUAGACAAGUUGCGCAACGAACUCGGCGCUGGUAUUGGUGCAGAAGAUCCUGCAAAACUUCUGGAGCGCGGCAUUAUCCCAAUAGGGAAGAAAUUACGUUUGAAACGUAUCACAACGCAUACGUUUCCGGAUGGUCGACAAGCGACGGUGGAAGAAGACAUCACCGACGUCGCCGGAGAAGCUUGGAUGCAAGUCAGAGCGCAAGGAAAGAAGGCGUCUGAGGAAGCGGCUACGCAAGCGCUCGCGGCUGUGGGUAGAGACAAACCUCCUGAUGCGCCUGAUGAAGCACCUCCUGAAAAGAAGGCGGCUCCAAAAAAACCAGUCACGUUUGCAGAUAAAGCAGACGAGGAAAGAGCAGAGUGGGUGCGACUUCGAAAACGCGCAAAGGAACGGGCACGACGCGCAAAGGAGAAAAUCUCAAAGCUGGCAGCACAAGGUUUACUCCUCGAUGGCGAGUUGGACGAUGAGGAGAUGCCGGAUAUGAAACCAGUUCCUGGCCAAGGCUUGAAACUCAGUUUGAAUGCGUCGAGAAUCAAAGCCGCUGCGCAACGCAGCCACUCGACGCCAGGUAGCGGUCAACCGAGGAAAAAGCAAGUGUAUAAACCGAGACCAGCCAAGCCUUUAUGGAUACAACUCAGUGAUCUCACCGAAAUAGUCAUCAAAAAUAGGCAGUUCGGUCAGGUUUUCGGGACGCCGGUACUUUUAGAAGAUUACACGAAUUAUAUCGAAACACCGGUGGAUUUGAACACGAUCCUCAAGAAAGCGCGAGGAAACGCGUACGGCACCGUCAUGGAAUGGUUCGCGGAUAUUGCUCUGAUUGAAUCAAAUGCAAAGGCUUACCAUGAAUCCGAACAGGAGGUAAAGAUGCGCAUAGAUUGGGUACCGGCAUUGGCUACAAAACUCGUCAAUUUUGUCCAAACGCUCCUCGAUCGACCGUACACCAGGCGCGACUUGAAGAAAGCGGACCACACGUACUCGCCGCAGGAAGACGACGGCGACGACGAUCAAGGAGAAGAGGAGAAAAAAAGUAGCGGUUUGACGCAAACGCAACCAAAGAUGAAGAUGAAGUUUUCGUUCAAGAUGAAGCCGAAAGUGGAAGAAAGUGGUGGUGGUGGCCCGGCGGAAACUACGAACACGGCGACCGAAACAGGGGAGGACGGCGGCGCGACGACUGGUUUAGAAACGCUCACCACGGGUGGUGGCUUAGACGACGACGAGAACGACGACGACGAGGAAGAAAACGAAGCCGAGGGUGGUCGUCAAGGUGCUGGUGAUGGGAACUUAGACGCCGCAGGCAACUUAGAUUAA